AAAGGCUUAAUAUUGCUAAAGUUAAUGACAACCAUUUUGUCAACAUGGGAGUCAGAGGACUGAAGACCUACAUUGAAAGCAGGAACAGAAAUUAUUUAAGGAGCUGGGCUUUUAGAGACAAACAACUUAUAAUCGAUGGAUGUAACUUAUACUACACCCUGUACUUUGACUGUAAUUUGGAUCAGAUGCAUGGAGGAGACUAUGACGCCUUUGAGGAGUUGAUCAUUCAAUUCUUUGAGAACCUCAGAGCCUGUGCCAUUCGCCCUUAUGUUGUACUUGAUGGCGGGGCUGACCACACUGACAAAAAAUGGGACACUAUUAUGCAACGAAAACAGGACAGAAUAAAUGCGGCCUUUGCCCUGUCUGUGGGGAAGAAAGAGAAGGUCCUUCCUAUUCUCAUUAAAAGUGUCUUCAGACAGCUCCUUCAAAAGCUCAAUGUACCGCUGGUUCAGUGUCUUAAAGAGGCUGACUGGGAAAUUGCUGCUUUGGCUGAAGAGUGGAACUGUCCAGUUUUGUCCAAUGACAGUGACUUCUAUAUAUUCAACCUCAAGACGGGACUCCUGCCAAUCACACAUUUCCAGUGGAAAAACGUGAAAGUGGACAGAAAGACAAACAAAAAAUUCAUCCAAGCCAAACACUUUACAGUGGGCAAAUUCUGUGCAUCUUUCAAAAUGAACACAGACCUGCUACCAGUUUUUGCGUCCAUCUUAGGCAAUGAUUAUGUGAAGCUGCAAAAUAUCAAAUGCCUGAUUUGGGCAGAGUACUCAGGUCCUGGCACACAGCAUGCCCACAUCAAUGGUUUGCUUAACUGGUUAUCCCAGUUUCCAGAGCCAGAAGCAGCUGUUACUGCUUUGCUGAAACGAACGGACGACAAUGAAAAAGCCAUCACCCAAGAAGCACUUUCCAAGGGAAUCCACGAGUACAAGCUCUUCCCUGGCUCUCUUGCCCAGUUCUUCCACUCAGAGACGAUUCCCUGUACAGGUCCUCUGCAAGUUCUACCUGAAUGGACCUUGAAGCUCCUACUUGAGGGAAAGAUGAGCUCCUCCAUUAUCGAUGUAUUGGUACAUCAAAGGGUUUUUAUGAUAUCUCAGGUUGAAGAUUUCCAACUCCCCUGUAGCAGUGAAACCUCUCGUCCCAUACGCCAGGUGAUUUACGGGUUACUUUUGUUGGGAGAACAACAGACAGCAGAUAAACAAGCGUUAGACAUAAAAACAUUUACUGGCACAAGUAAGUGUUAUGUAGAGGAAUACGGCAGACAGCAAUUGAAACUAAGUAUUCAGAAAGUUGAAGCCAUACAGACCGGGGUGAUGGAAGGACUUCAACUAAAAACAUUACAGAAGGAACCACAUAGUGUGCGACUUCAGGUGCUCCUGGACACUUUGGGUGUGUCGUCUGAGAUGUUCAGAGGGACCCAACCUGCUCUACAUCUGCAAAUGUUUGUGACACAUUACUGGCUAGUAAACGCACAGCCUCAGCCGUCCCAAGUGCAUCUUUGGGGGCUGCUGCUGGGAAUGGUCUAUGGAAAGUUCAGCAGUACACCUAAAAGACAUAGAGACAUGCUGUUGAGACCUAAGAAACUACAAACUGCUGGAAGGAGGAUGGAUCUGGAGCAUGAAACAGCUCAUCUAUACAGCCAGUGGCAGUCCUGCCUGAAGUGGAGUCUCUGUCUCAAUAGUUUACUGUGUUUUCCCGUAUCUGAACCAGAGGUUGCAAGUUUGUACCGUGGAACACUGGUGCACCAUGUUGUCGGAGAUCUCAGGAGUGGCAUCACUCUGGACUGUCUGCUGGUGAGGGGCUCGAGCGCAGAGCGGCUCUUCAAACAGCUGGAGGAUGCAGUUGUGAGCUUGGUGGGUGAAGACUUCAUCAAGAAAAUGAGAACCGGGCUCGAGCACAGAGCUGCUGGGAAAACACAGAGAGACUACAACGGCCAGGAUCAGCCUAUAGAUGAACUGAGCAGUUCCUUUGAAAAUCUGAUGUAUGAGGAUAUUAAUGACUGUGAAGAUGAUGAUGAUGAUCUUAAUGGGAAAGGAAGGAAGAGUAAAGCUAAGGAUCACAAGAAUGAAAUUCCUGACGUUCCCUGCACCCCCCGUACCAGACACAAGGCUAAAGCUCGCAAUGCCAAUCAUCCCUCUAAAAAAUCUGAGAGGAGAUGCUUCGAGUAGACCUUAAAGGACUUUUAAAAACAACAACAAAAAUAAAAGUUUUUGCACUAAUACACUUAUAAUAAUGGAAAUGAGACCAGACAUGCUACCAGAAAAAAAAUGACAGCUUGUCUACUGUAUAUCACAAUCACAUCAUGUCCUGCCAUCCUGUAUUAUUUAUUGAUAAUCACUGCCUGAUUUAAGCUAAAAAUCAUUGUACGAUAUUUGCAUUAAGGUGUUGGACUUUGGGAUUUUGGUGAAUUAAGGGCUGUUCACACCAAGGCCGAU